CCCCAACCCAAUAACUCCCCCCGAAAAUUGGCCGGCUUACCACGUGGACAGUCACGUGCCACAUUUUCACCCAAGAUCCUUUGCGUACAUCAUAACACUUCAGCGUUCCACGUGGACGGAGCUUUCGUGAAGGAGGUGAUUUACUUUGGCAAUUAUUCCCUUUUUUCACUUGAAAUUUGCAAAGUAUUGUAUUAGUCACGUUACAAGUGUAAAGGGAAAAGCUUUCUCUUUUUUUUGUAGGUGUGUGAUGUCUCUCUGUCACCCUAAAUUAAUGGACACGCUGUUUAACAUGGCCCUAGCACCGACGGCUUUACAGAAUCGUCCGGCCAAGUAAGUUAUCUCUGUUUAAUCAUUUAGAAGGUAAAAUGUCAUGUCUUAACGUCAAUACAAAAACUUAACCAAACCGGCAAACAUUGUAUGGGUGACUCCAAUUUUAAGACAUUAGUUUGAAACUAUUUUCAUUGAAUUUGAAAAUCGGACACGCGGGCCGUUUUUGAAUUUCGCGGGUUUAUAUCUUUUUGUUUACCGGGGCUCAUGCUUUCACAUUCAUGCAGAACUGCCUCAGAAAAUUGGGAACAUUCAAAACAAGAACAUAAUAAAAAGCAGUCUACCCAAUUAGUUCUAGCCAGACGCCAUACAUGAUUUUUAUUGACUUGAUGCGAAAGCGUUGUCAAAUAAUAAAUGUAGAUGUAGAUAAUUUGUACUGUUUUUGUUUCAAGUAACUGUUUGUGUGACAAAGUAAUAACAGUCCAACCAUAUAAAUAGUAACUAAAAGGUAAGGCUACUUAAUACAGUGGCACAUCUGGAUUUUUUUUAGGGACAAUACUAUUUCUGAGUUAACAUAAUUUGUGGCUGAUUAUAUUAAUUUGUUUGUGUUACCGUUUCAUUAAAUUACACCAGUAUCAACAUGUGCUUUUGAAGCUAUCAUCGUGUCACAACAACAUAAAUGAUACAUUCUAAACAGUUUUUUUAUAAAAGUAGUUUAUUAUAAGUGGCAACUUGCCCUCUUCACCCCCCUGAUCAAGGUUGAAAGAAAAAGAAGUUGUUUAUCAGAUGUCCCAUGUUCAAGUUUGCCUUUCCCUGUGAAAGUGGCAAAAAUUGUUUUGUAUGCCAAAUACAUCACAGAACUUACAUAGAAUUCCUUUCCUAAAAACUUGCAAUUACAAAUCUUUAAAACUGAGAGCAUAAGCUUAAAGUGAAUGCUACUUUAAUAUGCUCAGCUGCUAUGUGGCAUUGAAUUAAUCCUUCUACCCAAAUGAGGACAGUACAUUGUAUCUUUUGUUUUGGCCAUUUGGCAAGUAGCUCCAAUGCUGUUGUCUCAUUUACGUGGACAUACAGUCGACUCCUGAUAACUCAAAACUUCAACGGAAAUCGAAAACAGUUCAAUUUAUCGGGAGUUUAAAGUAAAUAAUCAGAAGUAAGGAAAUGGGAUGGGGGAGGAAUGCAAGUAUCAUGUACUUCAAGGGCAGCAAGAGGUAUAUUGAUAUUUUGAAUAAGAAAUUGAGCAGCAAAGCUGGAUUAAUCAGUACAGUGCUAAACAUUGUAUUUGAAUUGGACUGACAAAAAAGUAAAGAAGCUUAAAGAGAAAUAAUACACAAUUGUUUUGAGAGAAAUUCAAUGUUUUGGACCGCAGUUCACUGCAUUUUUUUCAAAAUUACUGUCACAUGCUUAAAACAUGGUUUGAGUAUUGGAGGGUAAGAUUGUGUAGAAAUGAUCUGAAGGGAAACAAAAACUACUUUGAGUUAGCGGGAGGUUUGAGUUAUCAAGAGUUUGAGUUACCGAGGGUAAAAUACAGUAAAUGUAUGAAGGAAAUCCUAGGGAAAUCAUUGAUUUUGGUGCGAGUUAGCACAAGGUUCAAGUUAGCAAGGGUUUGAAUUACAUGUAUCAGGAGUUAACUGAAGGUCCCUCUUGCAUGGAAUCCUUCUUUGCAACAAAUUUUUUUCAACGCUAUUUAGUAUUGUUGGAUGGUUACUUAACAACAUACUAAAAAUCUGCCAAAAUCCAUUAGGUGAAGCAUGAAAAAAAUUAGCAAUAAAAAUUUUCAACUUUCACCACAGGAAACCCAAUUUCAGGAAAAUCCCCAAUUCAGACAAAAGUGUGAUAACUGAGUUUUUUUAAUAAGAAUCUUGUAUACAACAUCGCUAAUGUCUUUUGGGUAGUUUUGUUUUAAAAAAUGCUGAGUAAAUGUGUCUGAAAAACUUGGGUCAGUGUUUUGUCUUGACAGCUUUGCACAGGUUACACAGCCACAAGUCUGUCUUCGCAUUCUGUCUCUGUUUUUUUUUUCUGAUGAUGUUUAGAUGCAAAAUUGUAAGACAACUCAUGUUAGAUGUAACUGUUUAAAAAUAUUAAUAAUUGGUUUUUUUUGCUUAAUAGCCGAAAUGCAGUAUGUAUUUUAGCAGUUUUAGUGGCUGGUAUUUUAACUGCAACCUGCAGUCUGUUGUUUGUUGUAAAAUGACCAGACCUCAAUCUUAAGGUCUCUAUUGAUAGCAAACGUUUUUCAAGAAAGCAAAAUGUCUCACCAGACAAUGGUAUUCUAUUUGAAACUUUUCAUAUUACACCCAGGAGACAUAUUUAUUUGACACAAGCUGUUAUUUUGUCAUCUACCAGCAAUUUCUUCGCUACCAUUGCCACACUUUGUAACAAACAUGCAACCUCAAGUAAAAAAUAUGACUAACAAUUACUUUUUUCGCCUCCGCCAACACUCUAAUGGUUCUCUCAGGAAACGUAUGGUUUCUUCAGCGGGUUCAACUGAGGUCAUGUCUGUAGGUUGUACUUGGUUGAUUUUGAUCCAUCUUGUUGAUUUUGUUCUGUGGUAAUUAUGAUUGACAACUAACUUUCUCAGAAUGUACAUUUAUUAAUUUUUCCUGUCAUCCAAUUGGUCAACCUUGUUUAGGUGGCCCCGGUUAUAGUAGUCACUCUGUAACCUUUGCGCUCAGUUACGUGAAUUUAUGCUCUGCAUGGGGAGUUUCCAUCACUCCAUAGACUCUCACAAGAUUUUUUUACAUACGCAUUAUUUCGGCUUCCCAUAGUUAAUGUUUUCCUUGAUAAACUGCUUCCCUUUUAUAAAAUUUUGUUUUCUUGAAACAAAUUUUUUUUGGAACCAAAGUUCUCAUGCAUUGAAUGUUCCCUUAUCCUUUAUCAUUCUCUUUGCGAAGGUAACAGCGCUUUUCCUUAAAGAAAGACAUACAGUGAAACCUCUAUUAAGCAGACCCCCAAUUAAGCAGACACCCUCUAUUAAGCGGACACUAAGCCGGGUCCCAAAAUUAACGUCUUAUAUUUCCCUUUGUAACGAACCCCUGUUCAUCGGACACCUCUGUUAAGCAGAUGCAGACACUAAAAUAAAUAAUUUACAAAAUAAAAAAAUCUAUAGUACUGAAGUCGAUUAAUAAAGAUAAAUCAAUACAUUUAACUCUCAAUAAACUGUAGAUAAGACCGAAACUCUUGCACAAAGUACAGCACAGCUUCCUUAGCUUCCUUAUUAACAACAUGGAACUUUAUCACAGUACAAGGUAACCGUUGAAACUUAAUUGUUAACAAACAUUGCACAACUUUUACAAACCUCUAUUAAGCAGACACCCUCUAUUAAGCAGACACUUGGGAAGGUCCCGAAGGUGUCCACUUAAUAGAGGUUUCAAUGUAUUUCCUUCAGUAUCAAAUCAUAAGCAUUGAAGGUUUAGCUGCUCAAAAACUUUCCAUUGUUGUGGCUUCGCGCACGCUACUGGUGUACACCAGCGUAACACCGUGCCUUAUGCACAAUUUGUGCUCAAGAAAAGGCACGGUUUUUGUGCUAAAGCACGGGAAAAAAACAUGCAAAGGCACAGAUUAGGCACACUUUAGGCACAGUUAAGGCACGUUUUAAGUAUUGCUAAGGCACAUUUUAGGCACAGUUUUUGCACGGUUUAGGCACAAAUAUUCAACGCAGGGCACUUUUUUGAAAAUCUUUGUAACCCGACUUGCAAAAAAGAACAAACUUGGUACGAAUUUCAAAAAUAAUUCAGAUCAAACACGAUACAGUUUAUAGAAGAAUAGGAAGUGUAAGUUUUGAGCCGCAUCGAAAGUCGAGAAAAUUAAAGUAUUCUUCGACAGUCUGUGUUUACUCCAAGGAUAAAGUGGAAAUUCUCACGCGCACGCGAUAUAUGCGGUCUGAACCUUUUCGAUUGCCAUGCAGUUUUAUAGACUGGCUUUCUUUCGUUUCUAAAAGAAAUCGUGAAAGAAAGUCGAAACCAUAAUAACAAAAACAAAGCUAAAGAAGUAAGGCACAAAAAUAGCCACUAAAAGUCGUAGAAAAUACUUUUUGUGAUCGCGGUAAAGUUGGCCUGAAUUUGCAUAACAACAUGAAAAGUGGUAAUUUGAAACCUUCAUGCCAACGCCUGCUGUUUUUAAAAACAAAAUGCGGCUGCUUUUUAAAUAUAUUUCUCUAACUAAAAAAGUAGAAUUUACACUUAGUAGUAAAAUAAUUCAAGCUGCUUGUUUGUUUUUGUUUUCUGGCUCUGUUAGCAAAUUAAGCUUUGAUCGUAUAAUAAUCGAUGAGACGUGCCAAUUUUGCUUCAAAACUCAUUGGCGUGCAAUCAAUUUUUUCGUUGUCAUUUUAUAAGACUUAUGAUAUGACUUAGUCAUAUCACAAGUAAAUUCUUUUUUGAAUGCAAAUCUGCCCUCCUGAAGAAACAAAUAUUAUUAUUUUCGUUCCACCUAAACGCUCCGUUAAGAAGGGGAUAAGAAACCCACUUCUCAAACUCAUUAAUAAUUCAUUAAGAAAAUACAAAGGAAAUUAAUGUUUAAUGAGUGUUUGGAAAUCGGAUGAAACACUGCUUAGUAUUUGCAUCCUUAAUUUCUCCUUCAAAAAUGAUUUUGUUUGAGAAGAAAUAUCAAACAUUCGACACAGUGUUUCAUCACCAGAUGAAACACCUCGAAGUUCGUCAAAAAUACUCCGCUGCGCGUCGUAUUUUCAACUCUCUUCUCGGUGUUUCAUCUGGUGAUGAAACACUGCAUCUCAUGUUUGAUAUAUUACUUGAAAAUUUUUUAACAUCAGUGAAAUUCUUGAAUCGAUGAAAUUAUAUCAACAUGUAAUUGAGCUGAGCACUUGUUUUAAAUACGCUAACCUGUUUAAGAUUCCAUUUUCCUGUUUGUCGGGGCUUUCUCUGCUGUCUCUAACCGUAUUCUGAGUCAUGUUAUUUCUUAUUAGGGGAUAAAAAGGUCAUCAGACCGUGUUUCUAGACUUCGUAAACCUAAAACUGACAUAAUUGCUGUGCGCACUUUUCUUUCGCUGUGGAGCUUGAUAGGCUGAACACGAUUUCCGAGUGUCUCAAUAUUUUGGCACAACUUGUGCACAGAUUAGGCACAGUUUGGGCACAACUUAGGCACGGCUUAGGCACGUUUUUCAAAACUAAAAUGCACACUUUAUGCACAUCUUAGGCACAUUUUAGACACAAAAUCUUUGUGCCAAAGCACACACUAGAAUCCGAUUUUCGGUCCAACGCAUGGUUUACGAAUUUUCACCUUAAAAAAUGCUUUCUAACCUUAGAUUUUUGAUCUUACUGAAAAAUGGGUUUCCCGAAGUCUUAACAGUUAGUCUAUCAGGAAGGUUUAACUUAUGAGCAUUCCAAAAAUUAUUAUUUCUUCUCUUAACAACAAAAGAAAGUCAAUCAAAAGCAAUCUUUUAAAUUGACGUCCACGCUGCACAGAGAUCGGAUGUAGACAGAACAUCUUUCUGAAAACGCCUUAAACUUUGUUGUUUUGCCAUCAUGUUCAGUAAUUUGUAAUACAGUUAGUACUCAUAAGUCACUGACCUCUGUGGAGAAAUUUUUCCAAAGUACCAUGAACAGAAACAGAGAAAUCCCGCAAUAUGCGUGGUUAGACUGUAAAUGUUACGCGAGCUGUUAAAAAAUGGUCCCAUUUUGAGCCAUAUUUUUCAUAUUUUAAUUUUAUUUUGAUCUUACAACCAGAAAAAAAUAUUCAAUGAAAAGCUGUUUAUAAACUUUAAGUUCUUGCCAAAUAUCGAUGCGAUCUGAGUUUUAAUAAGUUCAUAAGAGCCAAACGAUGUGAGAUUCUUAGCCAUGUACACCAGUAGCGUGCGCCAGGCCUUGUCCAUUGUAAAGAAUUUGUAAAAGUACCCUCCCCUAGCCUCCACUCCAACUCACUUUUAACGAGAAGAAAACAAACAGCUUCAAAAGUGAAACUUGUAUAAUUAUUUCAGGCUGCCGGCACGUUAAAGAACAUUAAUGUAUAGGUAACCAUAAAAGCCAAAACAUUAUCUAGCUGGAUUUUUGAAAACGUACCUAAUUAAAAUAGACCUAUUCGGCUAACUCAAUGUUGUACCCAAUUCAAAUCUCCCGGGGCUAAGAUUCUUUGUGUAUUGUAUUUGCAUCAUAAUGUGGCAUUCUCAUUUAAAUGUAUGGAAAUUUCUGAAACAAAAAGUUUUAUUCCCAAAGGGUUUGAAUUGGGUACAACAUUGAGUUAGCCGAAUAGGUCUAUUGCAGUCAGUCUCGAGAGAAAAGGUAAAGGAAAAAAUAGAAAGAGCUAGGAGAAAGAAAGGAGGAGAAGUAAAAAAGCAAUGGCUGCAAUCUUAGUUUUUAUGUUGACUUCUCUGGAAAUAGUUUUUCAAGGAAAAAAAUUCGAGGGGAGAACUCUAUUUUGGCUGAGACAUUAUUCAAGAAUACAGCUAGAUAUAUAUUUUUCUUACCCUUGUGACUGACAGAAGUCUAAUGGAAAAGGAUAUAUUGUAAAAGCUAAUAAUCAAGCAAGGCUUUCAUUUUCCAGAUUUAAGGCCUUGACUAAAUUUGCUGUAAUUUACAGCUAACAACUCAUUCUAGUACUUUGUAAUUAAGCGCCGUGUUGUUUUGGGGUUCCUUGAAAGUAGCAUGGGCAUCCUAUGCAAUAGCCAAUAUGUUUAAUAUUUAUUCUUUUUGAAAAAAGAAAGACUUUCUUUAUCCCUGAAAACGAGGUACAGUUGAACCUUGAUUAUCCUGACUUGUUGGGACUUGAGUAAAUAGUCCGGAUAAUCAAAAAUAUGAAUUUUAAUGAGACAAAAAUGUAAACAUAGGGAAUAAAGAAAACAAAAUUGUGAAUUAGCUCUCACUUGAUUUAUGUAUGUACUGUAAGUAUCAUAUAUUUUCAAUCCUUCGCUUAUCUCGACGCUGUCGGUGAAUUUCAGGAUCUUCUCUUUGUUUUUCGUAUGCACGAGAUCUUCUGCUCGCUGAUUUUAACCUUGAGUGCUACAUUAAUUUUGUUCAUUUUUUGCCUUUCUCCAAAAGUGAAAUAAUCGUUUGCUUAUCCUUAAUUGAGAGAACAGACUGCUUUAGUUGUGUAGACGUAGCUGUGAUUUAAGUUUACGAUCGAUUGGUCUUGUGUUAACAUAAGCAACACAGAAUCAAGCAUGACAUUUAAUUUUCUUAGCAACACAACAACUGAGCCAAUCAGAAUUCAGCUGAAUGCAUCAGAAUAAUGGUUUAUCUCAUGCUUCUCUUGCUUUUUCAAAGUGAAACAUGGAUUAAAACAGUGUUUCAAACACACGUUUGGAAGGAUAAUUGAACUUUUAACUGUUUCCGUUUUUCAAGAUCACAUCUUAUUAAUAUUCAUGAAAAAAAACGGGACCAAGGAAACAAGUCUGGAUAAUUGAAAAGUCCGGAUAUCUGAGGUCCGGAUAAUCGAGGUUGGACUGUAGCAGGUAUUAUUUUUUCUCUAAGUUUUCCAUAAAAGUAACAAACACAUUUUGUGCAUUUUUUGUUUGAACAGAUAAUGGCAAAUAAUGUGGGUGUCCUGUGUUAAACGCUCAAAAUGCUUCAUGCUUAAUUUUGACAUGUUCCACUGAACGGAUUUUGGCAGAUUUUUAUUAUGUUGCUAGAUAUAGGCGUAUGGUAUUGAAAUCAAUUCUGUUGCAAUUAGGUUGAUGUUGAGCCUAAAAAAUGUCUAGAUUGCUAAAAAAAGGUUUCCAAAAAAAAAAUUAAAUACUAAAAUCUGAGAGAGAUGUUUUCAGGGGGCUCAAAAAGAAAAAAUCUGAGUACUCCCAACAGCAGUGGUGAGUAGUGCAGAUGCUCUACCUUAAACACCAGUAGUUACAUGUAGGUGGGCUAUAAAUUGACCUGUUUUGGUACCUCACAUUAUUAUACAGUAGUUUAACACCUGAAACUUAAUAAGUCAAAAAGAUUUAUUAAUUUAUUCACAGACUAAAACAGCUAGUAAACCACUCCAUUUUGUUUUGUUUACUUUCAGUUUUGGUUAUAAUUAUUAUUGUUAUCUGCUAAACUACUGAAACCUUAAUCUUUAAUGUAAACAAUAACGUCUUACCCGGCCUCCUUUAAAAAAUGUGCUCAUGUGCUCAUAACAAAAAUUGAAAGAAAAUAAAAGCAAGUGAAAUACUGCUUGAAUAGGAAUUGAAGAUUUGAAAGAAAUGAUUCUGUAAGCAAAAGGCAAUUCAGAUGUUGCAAUGUAGCCUGCAAGUAGAAAACGUGAUCAGUCACAGACAAGUCGCAAGGUGCUUGCUUUUUAUCAUGGAAAUUGACUAUUAGGGUUUUUAAACAACAAGGACAAAAAUGGUUGGCAUUGUCAGUGAUAAUAAGUAACAGUUUUAAACAAGGAAAAGGUGGUUUUUGGCAGAAAAAUAGAUACUUGUCUUUCUAGACAAGAACAACUCUUGGCUGUUUUGGCUGACAGGCGGGAGUGGGACAGACUCGUCAAAUCACACUUUAUCUAUUGGUCUUCAGAAAAAUUUACAAAUUUCAACAUGCCCUCAGUGGCUAAUCUUAGGCAGGACAUGUGUACAGAGUGAAUUACAAGAGAGAAAGAAGGAAUAGAAAAAUGAGAAACAGAAACCAUUAGUAUAUCUAAAAACAUCUUUUGUAAAUUUUUGCAUGAAUUAAUUAAACUGAAUAAUGCAAACACUAAUUUGCUGUCAGUCAUACCAGUUGUGUAUUAUGCACCUAUCAAUGUAAACCCCGUGGGGGGGGAGUGCAGGCAAGGGGUGGGGAUUUGACAAAUUUUAAAAUUUUUUGAUCAAAUUCCUUAGGGUGGGAAACGAAAGGUCAAUCAAAAGUGUCAAAAAACUCCCCACCCCAGGGGAAAAAUCUAAACAAACAAUACGAUAAUACUAUAUAAAACGAAUGAAAGAACAUUUCAAAAGUACGUUCUUACUACUUUUAUUUAUGGUUAACGUAAGCUCCGUUAAAUUACUCGCUGUUAUUAAGUAUUUUCUCUCUCCACUAGCAUCGCUUAUUUUGAACAACAUAAUCAUUCCAGGAAGAUUGACCGUGCUAUUAUAUUAAUGAAACGUAAAAUGCUUUAUAACAUCGGAUCAACAUGUCGGAACAGGUUGGAUCAGUAACCUGCAAAAAAUCCUCUGACUUUCAUGGUAGAAUUCGAUUUCAAUCGAGGUUUACAAUCAGAUGGGAAGUUGAAGAUAAAAACUUUCUCAAAAUAGACAUUAUCUGUUUAGAUGACAGUGUACAUGUAAAGUAUCGGAUUAUCGCGAUUAAAACAAAUGAAAACUUCAUAACUUUCUCCAACAGCGUGACUUUCAGAAAGCCUCAAGGGACAGACUUGGUUACCGCUUCUGAAUUGACACCAGGCUUCUAUCGGUCAAAGUCAAAUGUCCUGACACCGGGGUCGCUUCGAACGAUCAAAAGCCCGACACAGGGAUAGUCUCAGGCAUCAAAUCCCCACCCCUUGCCCGCACUCCCCCCCCUCGGGAUUUACAUUGAUGGGUGCAUUAGUAAUACUUGACAACUUAAUCACUUAAUCAAGUUUCCAGGAAAAAAGGAAGGUUAAAUUUACCUAGUACAAAAGCUUGUGGUGCUGACAUACAGCUAUUACUCUAAACUUUGGAGUUGCUAACCUGAAGGUGAAUGGACAUAACGCUGAGUCAGUUAUUGGCAGCCAAAAAUCUAGCUGCUGCUUAUAGAGAUUGUUAGAUUCAAUUUUGUUCCUUGACCAACAGGUUCCACAGAAAUUUGCAUGUAUAGUAGCUGUAACUGUGUACACUUUCUUGGGUGCAUAUUUUUUCUUUAGUUGAUAUCAUGGAGCUCAAACGGGACUGACCAUGGGUUUCUGAGGAUGAGGGAAACACAACCUGUAUGAAAAUUACUAGCCCCUCCAUAUUUUUGUUGAAUGGUAGCCUAUGAGAAAAUCAUUUUGAAAUAAUUGUUUUAAAUUUUUUUUACCCUAAAAAUAUGGGUGACACAGAGAGCUGGCUGCUGGCAAACUUUACCGGCUCAAAAAGGGGCUUACCACUGGCUUAAAUUACUCUGGAAAAAGAAGACAUAAGUUAACUUUGAAGGUACAGUUAAGGAGAAAGCUGGCUUGACUGAUAAAAAAGCCUCCUUAGCUUUUUCUUACCUAUGUUCCUACUGACGUAUUCUGUUAAAUGUGCCGUUUUAGACAAAAGGGGAAUAUGAGCUGUUUUAGGACUGUAGUUCUUAGUAUUUUUGUUAUUUAUUGCAGGCUUGAGGAGAAUCUUAAAGAAGACAGAACACAAGAAUUUUGGAAGCCACAAAUCUGGAUUACCCUUACAUGUUAG